AUGAAAGUUGUUGCCUUAAUUCUUCUUGUGUCGAUCGGCGCAUUUUCUCAACAGCUCCCAUUAGACUCUGUCAAAGUCUUCCUAGACGCAGCCCACACUGCCUUUACUGGUGUAGGUGUUAACAACGAGAACUGUCUCAACCUUUCUGAACAAGACGCCCUCUUAACCCGCGUCAUCAAGCUUUUUUCAGAUUUCAGUGACUUUGCAUCACUCCAACAGCUUUACCUCGAUGUCGUAAUGUCAAGCAACGAAUUCAAAGCUUUCUUCGCAGAUUGUGAUGUCAGCGCUUUUACCAAUGCAAUCUCAAACAACUUCGAAAGAUUUGGCACUGAGUUCAUCCUUGAUAAAGCCGUUGGAAAAUAUGACGAAAUCCAAGUCAAGGCCCAAAGCGUAGCUGAAGCCCUCAGCCAACAAAACUUUGCCCAAGCUGGAAUUGAAUUCGGAACCCUCUUCGGAAUGGUCUUUGAGCCAGCUGAAGAUGCAAUGCUCCACAUGAACUUUGUAGGAAACGCCCUUACUCCUUUUGCCCAUGACUUCUGCAACUUUGUGCUAGGACUUGCUCUUGGAUUCCAGAAAUCACCUACCCCAUUGUCAAACUGCUACAAUGACACUAAGCUUGUGAGAAGUGCUUAUGAUAAUGCUGACGCAAUGAUUGACAAGUGCUUGAAAUUCAACUUCACUGCUUGCAAUAAUGUUCCAGCCAUGUUGACUUUAUUCAACACACAAGUUAUGGAAAGCUACAAUAAAUGCGAUAUCCAAAUCUUGGUUACAGAUAUUCAAGGACUUAAAGAGCCAGUUAACUUUAGCCAUGCAGUAUUCCUUUACUUCAGCAAUGAAGUAGCUAUUAAAGGGUACUUCAAUAACAUGGAAAAGUCGUUAGCUAAUUUUAUAAGGGGAAUUGAGCUUAUAAUAGUUGGGUUUAUGAUGAGAAAAAAAUUUAGGAAAAAAUAAAUUAAUUGUGGAUUUUAAUGAAAGUGAGGAGUAAGGGAGAUUUCUUAGGUGCAGGACAAAACUUCGCCUCAAUUUUCAGACUUGUUCUUGGCUUCUCGGUUAACUAA